GUUUCUCAUCUCAUCCCUAAAGGCUAAACCCAUGAGCAGUAAAACCCCAUAAACUCAAAAGCUUUGAUCUUUGCAACCAGAAAUGGCCAUAACAGCAAAAGCUCUCUCCACAUCUCUACCAAGAUGCCUCUUUUUACACCGCCACUUUCGCUUCUCCCUUCCAUUACACGUUCACCGCCCUCCUCUCCACAAAUUCCGCUCCCUUUGCACCGCCGCCGUUGAAGAGGCCGAAUCACUGCAGCCCUUGAAGCAUUCCAUUCUCCUUGAAAGACUCAGGCAGCGCCACCUCAAGGAAUCCCCCCAGCCUCCUAAAUUGAGGCAUGCUGGUGCCGAAAUUGAGGGUUCGAGGAGGAAGAAGGGCGCUGCGCCGGAGACGGCGUCGACUUUUCAGGAGCUGGGUUUGAGCGAGGAAGUGAUGGGGGCAUUGGGGGAAAUGGGGAUUACGGACCCUACAGAGAUUCAGCGUAUUGGGAUUCCGGCUGUCCUCCAUGGGAAGAGCGUGGUUUUGGGGUCUCAUACUGGUUCUGGCAAGACUCUGGCUUACCUUCUCCCUCUUGUUCAGUUGCUGAGAAGGGAUGAGGAUUUGCACGGUAUGCUGAUGAAGCCCAGACGCCCACGGGCUGUUGUUCUGUGCCCAACGAGGGAGCUGUGUGAGCAGGUGUUCCGUGUUUCCAAGUCCAUUAGCCACCAUGCACGAUUCAGAUCAACCAUGGUAAGUGGUGGUGGGCGUUUAAAGCCUCAAGAAGAUUCCUUGAACAGCCCCAUUGACAUGGUUGUGGGGACCCCUGGCCGGGUUUUGCAACAUAUAGAGGAAGGAAAUUUGGUUUAUGGGGACAUCAGAUAUGUGGUGUUGGAUGAAGCUGACACCAUGUUUGAUCGUGGAUUUGGCCCUGACAUCCGAAAAUUUCUUGCUCCACUGAGGAGUCGUGCAUCUAAGCUGGAUGGUCUAGGUUUUCAAACAGUAUUAGUAACUGCAACAAUGACAACGGCAGUGCAAAAGCUGGUUGAUGAGGAAUUCCAGGGAAUUGCUCAUCUACGUACCUCUUCACUCCAUAAGAAGAUUGCUUCUGCUCGUCAUGAUUUCGUCAAACUCUCAGGUUCCGAGAAUAAACUGGAAGCCUUAUUACAGGUUCUAGAGCCAAGUUUAGCAAAAGGAAACAGAGUGAUGGUUUUCUGCAAUACAUUGAGCUCCAGUCGAGCUGUGGAUCACUUUUUAUCUGAAAACCAAAUCUCUACGGUCAAUUACCAUGGAGAGGUUCCUGCUGAACAAAGGGUUGAGAAUCUGGAAAAGUUUAAGAGCAAUGAUGGAGAUUGCCCCACUUUAGUCUGUACAGAUCUGGCUGCUAGGGGUUUGGACUUGGAUGUCGACCAUGUUAUUAUGUUUGAUUUUCCCUCGAAUUCUAUCGAUUAUCUCCAUCGUACUGGACGAACUGCUCGUAUGGGGGCAAAAGGGAAGGUGACAAGUUUGAUCGCUAGAAAGAAUUUGAUUUUGGCCACCCGCAUUGAGGAAGCAAUAAUGAAAAACGAGAGCUUGGAAUCCCUAUCCGUUGAUAGAAUCAAAAGGGAUCUUGCCAGAUCACACAUAAAUCAGCAGAAGGGACAAAAUGAGAAAAGGGAAAUGACCUCCAGCUUAAAAAGGAAGGCUCAAGCCACCUCAACAAAACCAUCCGAUGCUCGCGGAAAAGCAACAGUCGCCAAGAAAAGCUCUUUUUCUAAAUCUACAAAAGCUCCCAUGAUUUCCAAGCCUAAGAAGAAGGUGGUUAAGGUUGUCAAAACGUCAAAUUCUUCGGGAUCUGGCAACUCAAGAGGUACGUCUUCUGGUGGGAGGAAGCAUUCAGGGGGAAGAAACAAAGGAGGGGCUGGAUCUCAGUCAAAACUAAACGUUGUUGGAUUCAGAGGCCGGAGCAGUGUGAAGGCUGCUUGAUAUCUAAUCUAGCUCUAUCAAAGGAAGAGUAUGGUACUUUUAUCUUGAUGUAUUACAAGUUUCCUUUCAAUUUGUUUCGUAGGUUAGGUUUAUUUUCACUCAAACAGUGUAUCGUCCACUUUUCUGUGGAAAGGCGAUAUGUAUAAAUACACAGUCAAGCCCUUAGGAUAAUGGAACAUUGCCCUUGAGAUAAA